GAUCGGACGAAAUUUUUGUMAAGCAAAGAACGAUAAUUAAUCACGAAACCUCUGCGAAAAAGUAGAGUUAAUAGGAGAGAAGAGAGCCUAUUCGACGACAACGAUUCUUUGAUGUUCUUGUAAACAACAAGUAAUCUUUGGUUUGAUCACGGCAGAAGAAGUCCUCCAAAACGCCUAAGAAAGUAUAUUGAGCAGUCCUUGGCAGAGUUCUAAGACUGCAAAGAGAUUUUCMAGGGACGGAAAGGAAGGAACGUCUUUAAGCAACGCAGUCGUGUUUUUUAGUAGCAGCAACUUCAAACUUUAAACAGUUCAAAUCGAAAUGGCGUCCAAGACGACUACCAAAAACAAAGAAAUACAAAAAAAGUGUAAGUCAAAAGAAGCAGCCAGAUCUAGAAGAGGACAACAAAAUGAUGAGUUCCAAGAGCUCUCCCGUCAGUUACCUCUACCGGAUGCCAUCUCAAACCAGCUUGAUCGGCUGUGUAUAAUGAGACUAACAAACAGCUACAUCAAAAUCAAGAAACUUCUGGAAUCUAUGAUGAAUAGUGAUCCAAAACAAAUGCACAAAAUGAGUAUAACAAGAACUUCAGUAUAUGAUAAAGAAGCUUUAGAGGCAAUGGAUGGUUUUUUGUACGUUGUGGCACCUGAUGGUCAAUGUUUGUAUAUCUCUGAUAAUGUUAGCUACUUCAUGGGACUUUCACAGAUUGAAGUUACUGGAAAUAGCCUUUACAAAUAUGUUCACCCUUGCGAUCAUGAGGAGCUGGCUAAUCAGCUUGGAGGACAAAUUCCUCUUGAAGAUAUGGAGAUAUUUGAUGGCCUGUUCUGUUCUGACUCUGUCUUCAUGAUGAGCAAUUAUCUGAAAAAGGGUUCCAAGAAAAAAGAUGAUGUCAAUCCACACAGGUCAUUUUUCCUUCGUAUAAAGAGYACACUUACAAGCAGAGGGAAGAAUGUGAACCUMAGAGCCUCAACUUACAGGGUUGUUCACUGUACUGGCAGCAUGAAAUACACCACACGUUAUGAUGAUGACGGCAGAGAGGAAAAAGUGCCUUUAUUUCUGGUUGCUAUUGCGGUACCGUUGAUGUUCGCAACUACCUUUGAAGUUCCUCUUGAUAGAAGUACUUUUACCAGUAGACAUAUGUUGGAUAUGAAGUUCUUGCAGUGUGAUGAAAAGUAAGUUAGUCGAGAAWUUUWCAAAAAGCGUUUUUAAAAGCAAUUACAAGUCAUUUUCAGGAUUUGCAAUUAAUUAAAAUUGCUGAAAUAAUUGCAAAUCCUGAAAAUGACUUGUAAUUGUAGCCCAAGGUUCUGCUCAUUAGCAUCCUAUUUUUAGUYGUUUAGUGGGCGUUUAGUUCUACCUUUUCGUCAAUCUAUAUAUACCUAUUUCAAGAAUGAAUGUCGGAAACAGUGGCAAAUUGAAAUUUCAAACGUUGAUUGCACGACCAAAGCGAUCCAUGGGCUUUGCAAAU